AGAACAAGAAAAAGAAGAAAUAAAAAGAUCAGGAGGAGAAUUAUCCAUGCUUGAGGCAAGCUCGUUGCGCGCGCGCCAUGGCGAAAAAGAAACGACUUCCUUCGUCGUUGCCGCUGCUGCUGAUGCUGUGCGUCCUCGCGAGCGCGCAGCAGAACGUUCUGCGCAUCGGUGGUAUUUUUGAGACACUGGAGAAUGAGCCAGUCAGUGUGGAGGAGUUAGCCUUUAAAUUUGCAGUGACCAGCAUCAACCGAAACAGGACAUUAAUGCCCAACACAACGCUCACCUACGACAUCCAGCGCAUCAACAUGUUUGACAGUUUUGAAGCCUCAAGGAGAGCAUGUGAUCAGCUGUCACUGGGCGUGGCUGCAGUCUUUGGCCCCUCCCACAGCUCUUCAGUUAGUGCAGUGCAGUCCAUCUGUAAUGCGCUGGAGGUUCCUCACAUACAGACACGUUGGAAACAUCCAUCUAUGGACAACAGGGACAGCUUCUAUGUCAACCUGCACCCAGACUAUGCCUCUAUUAGCCGGGUUGUGCUUGACAUUGUUCACUUCUACAAAUGGAAGAGUGUCACCGUUGUGUAUGAGGAUGCAACAGGUCUGAUUCGUCUGCAGGAGCUGAUCAAAGCUCCAUCCCGUUACAGCAUUAAGAUUAAGAUCCGCCAGCUGCCCGUGGGGAACAGAGACGCUCGGCCGCUUCUCAAAGAGAUGAAGAAGGGUAAAGAGUUUUGCGUCAUCUUUGACUGCUCAUACCAGACCACAGCUGAGGUUUUAAAACAGUUACUCUCUAUGGGUAUGAUGACUGAGUACUACCAUUUCUUCUUCACAACUCUGGAUCUGUAUGCUCUGGAUCUGGAACCGUACCGCUACAGUGGCGUAAACAUGACAGGUUUCCGCCUUCUGAAUGUAGAUAACCCCCAGGUGGCAUCGGUGCUGGGGAAAUGGUCCAUGGAGAGGGUUCAGGGUCCACAGAAGCUCGACACCGGCAUAAUGGAGGGCAUAAUGACGACUGAAGCGGCUCUGAUGUAUGAUGCCGUGUUCAUGGUGGCAGCAGCGGCUCAGCGAGCAUCACAGAUCACUGUCAGCUCGCUGCAGUGCCACCGACACAAACCGUGGCGCUUUGGCUCGCGCUUCAUGAGUACGUUUAAAGAGUCUCAGUGGAGCGGAUUAACUGGACAGAUUGUCCUGAACAGGACAGACGGACUGAGGAAAGAUUUUGAACUUGACAUCAUCAGCCUGAAAGAAGAUGGCAUGGAAAAGAUUGGGGUGUGGAACUCUAACACAGGUCUUAACCUGACAGACAACAAAGACAAGACGGGUAACAUUUCAGACUCCAUGACCAACCGGACUCUGAUCGUCACAACUAUUCUGGAAAACCCAUAUGUGAUGUACAAGAAAUCUGACAAACCACUGUAUGGGAAUGACCGCUUCGAGGGUUACUGCCUAGACCUGCUGAAAGAGCUGUCCAACAUCCUGGGAUUUUCCUAUGAGGUCAAACUUGUCUCGGAUGGAAAAUACGGUGCCCAGAAUGAUAAGGGGGAGUGGAAUGGCAUGGUUCGAGAGCUCAUUGAUCACGUGGCGGAUUUAGCUGUGGCUCCACUCACCAUUACCUAUGUCAGAGAGAAGGUGAUUGAUUUUUCCAAACCCUUCAUGACCCUGGGAAUCUCCAUCCUGUAUCACAAACCCAAUGGCACAAACCCAGGUGUCUUCUCCUUCCUGAACCCCCUUUCUCCUGAUAUCUGGAUGUACGUUCUUCUCGCCUGCCUGGGAGUCAGCUGUGUACUUUUUGUCAUCGCCAGGUUUACACCUUAUGAAUGGUACAAUCCUCACCCCUGCAACCCUGACUCGGAUGUUGUGGAGAACAACUUUACGCUAAUCAACAGCGUGUGGUUUGGUGUUGGAGCUCUAAUGCAGCAAGGUUCAGAGCUGAUGCCUAAAGCUUUGUCCACUAGGAUUGUUGGGGGCAUCUGGUGGUUUUUCACACUCAUAAUCAUUUCGUCGUAUACAGCAAAUCUCGCUGCAUUUCUCACAGUGGAGCGCAUGGACUCGCCCAUCGACUCCGCUGACGAUCUUGCCAAACAAACCAAAAUUGAGUAUGGAGCUGUGAGGGACGGUUCCACCAUGACUUUCUUCAAGAAAUCUAAGAUCUCAACAUAUGAGAAGAUGUGGGCCUUCAUGAGCAGCCGUAAGAACACCGCUCUGGUGAAAAACAACCGUGAGGGAAUCCAGCGUGUUCUAACAACAGACUAUGCACUUCUGAUGGAGUCCACCAGCAUCGAGUACAUCAGCCAGCGCAACUGUAACCUCACACAGAUAGGAGGCCUUAUUGACUCCAAGGGCUAUGGAGUGGGAACCCCAAUUGGUUCCCCGUACCGUGAUAAAGUGACGAUUGCUAUUCUGCAACUGCAGGAGGAAGGAAAGCUACACAUGAUGAAGGAAAAGUGGUGGCGAGGAAACGGCUGUCCGGAGGAGGACAGCAAAGAAGCGAGCGCUCUCGGUGUCGAGAACAUCGGCGGUAUCUUCAUAGUCCUCGCCGCUGGGCUUGUGCUAUCCGUGUUUGUGGCUAUUGCUGAGUUCGUUUACAAAUCACGCAGGAAUCUUGAUGUGGAGGAGGCGGGUGUCGGUCAGUGUGAGUGGCACAACAAGUAUUGACCGUGACGGAUGAAUAUAUCAUCACAACCCUGCAUUGCGAUGGUACGUUAGGAACCUUUGGAACUUUAGAAUGGAAAAAAAGACUCUCAGUCAAAGGGAAUUGUUCGUGACAUACUUCAGUGCAACAAACAUAGAAAGUAUUUGUUAUUUUCAUAAUGGCUACAUUCCUGUACGUCCGUUUUGUCCAA